CCCGGCGUCGCCCUCAUGUGAUCACGCCCACGUGAUCCCGUCACCCACGUGAUCCUCACGUAACCCUGCCGGGCGAUCUCUCCCAAGAUGGCGGCGGCGGCGGUUCGGGGCCGGCGCUUCAAGUGGUCGCUGGAGCUGACGGCGGCGCCGGGCGGGCGGCCCCGCGGAGCAGCCGAGAGCCGCGGGCCGGUGGGGUUCGCCGAGCGACAGCUAGGGGAGGGCAGCGUCCACGAGAGCGACAAAAUUCUGAUGGAGAAGCGUUGCUGGGACGUGGCACUGGCGCCGCUGAAGCAGAUCCCCAUGAACCUGUUCAUCAUGUACAUGGCUGGCAACACCAUCUCUAUCUUCCCCGCCAUGAUGGUCUGCAUGAUGGCCUGGCGGCCGCUGCAGGCCCUCAUGUCCCUCUCUGCCACACUGAAAGCGCUGGAGAGCUCAAGCAGGCGCGCACUGCAGGGGCUGGUGUUCCUGGUGGGCAAUGGGCUGGGCCUGGCGCUGGCCCUCUACAAGUGCCAGGCCAUGGGGCUGCUGCCCACCCGCCCCUCCGACUGGCUGGCCUUCGUUGCCCCUCCCCAGCGGAUGGAGUUGACUGGGGGCGGCCUGAUCCUGUGACCCUGUGUGCCAACCCACCAAUAAAGGCAAUAGUAGGCUGA